AUGCUGCCCGUCGAACAGGCCUUAAAGGACGCGAAGCUGGGACCAGAACAGAUCGACGAUGUCCUACUAAUCGGUGGUUCCAGCCACAUCCCCAUGGUGAGACGUUUAUUGACGGAGGAUUAUGGGUUCGAAAACCUGAAUACGUCAGUUAACCCCGAAGAAGCGGUCGCACACGGGGCUGCCCUUCAGGCAGCCAAGCUCGGCGGAAGCCAAUAUGAUGCGAUCCGAGAUAUCACCUUUACUGAUGUUUACCCAUUAACGCUGGGCACAUCCGUUUUUGGUGGCAAAAACGCUGUCCUUCUGCCAAGGAAUACCAAAAUCCCGGCCACGGUGUCGCAAACCUUCCUAAAUUGCGCUGACAAUCAGACGGAAUUAUUGAUUGACGUCUAUGUUGGAGAGCGAGUGCGAUAUGAACACAACACACUACUGGGCAAAUUUACACUUCCGAUCCGUGAAGCUCCGGAAGGCGAAGUGCAAGUUAAAGUUACAUUGGAUUUGGACUCGGAUGGAAUCAUGACGCUGAGUGCAGAAGAGUUGCUUACUGGAACCUCGGACUCGAUAAAAAUCACGCGUGAAGACGCUCCCGUGGAGAUGACGUUCGAUAUUGAGGAUUAUCAAGAGAACAUUGAGCGCUAUAGGAGAGAAGACGCCGCAUGGGAGAACCAAUAUAUGACGAUGAUGACGAUGCGACGGAGCUUUGGUGGAUUGGGGGGACUUGUUUCCGGGCUACGCAACAGACUCAACCUCAACAAUCUCUUCAACGCCGCGGACAGCGACAGUGACAGUGACGACAGCGAU